GAGACGUAUCAUCAUCAUCUUCUUCUUCUUCAAAGCUCAGACGACGGAGAUACAAGAAAGCGCACGUCAUUUCAAUUUCAAUCGCCUCAUCCCUCACUCGAAACAGAGUCGCAGAAGCUUCGAAUCCCCGAUCAAUGGCGGCGGCGCGGAGGCCGUUGAAGUGCUUGUUGAGCAGGACUCUCGGUGGCAGGAGGAGCUUCGGAGCUCUUCCCGAAGGCACCAACCCGUCCUCUUCGCAAGACCUCAUCAACCUGGAGUGCCAGUACAGCGCACACAAUUAUCACCCAGUUCCUAUGGUGUUUUCUCAUGCUAGGGGGUCAUCUGUAUGGGAUCCUGAGGGUAACAAGUAUCUGGAUUUCCUGUCUGCUUACUCUGCAGUGAAUCAGGGACAUUGUCAUCCAAAGAUCUUGAGAGCAUUAAAAGAGCAGGCAGAAAAGCUUACCCUUAGCUCCAGAGCCUUCUACAAUGAUAAGUUUCCACUUUUGGCCGAGCACUUAACCAGCAUUUUUGGCUAUGAUAUGGUGCUACCCAUGAAUACCGGCGCCGAAGGUGUGGAAACAGCUUUGAAAUUAGCGAGAAAAUGGGGUUAUGAAAAGAAAAGGAUACCAAAAGACGCGGCUAUCGUAGUCUCGUGUUGUGGCUGCUUCCAUGGUCGUACAUUGGCUGUUAUUUCUAUGAGUUGUGACAAUGAGGCUACACGUGGUUUUGGGCCAUUGUUGCCCGGCCAACUUAAAGUUGACUUUGGAGAUCAGGUCGUGCUGGAGAGAAUUUUUAAAGAAAGUGGAGAUCGAAUUGCUGGAUUCCUUUUUGAACCUAUUCAAGGAGAAGCUGGGGUUAUACUUCCUCCAGAUGGUUAUUUGAGGGCUGUCAGAGACCUUUGCUCAAAGUAUAACAUUCUAAUGAUUGCUGAUGAGAUACAAACUGGCUUAGCAAGGACAGGAAAAUUGCUGGCAUGUGACUGGGAGGAAGUUCGCCCUGACAUAGUGAUAUUAGGCAAAGCACUGGGUGGUGGAGUGAUACCUGUAAGUGCAGUGCUUGCAGAUAAAGAUGUAAUGCUCUGCAUUCGACCUGGAGAGCAUGGAAGCACCUUUGGAGGAAAUCCUCUGGCCAGUGCAGUAGCAGUUGCUGCUCUAGAUGUAAUCAGGAGUGAGGGGCUUGCUGAGAGAUCAGCCCAAUUAGGAGAGGAGUUAAGGUCUCAAUUAAUUAAAGUUCAGCAGAAAUUUCCAGAGUACAUAAAAGAAGUACGGGGGAGAGGAUUGUUCAAUGCUGUGGAGCUGAACAGCUCCAAUUUGUCCCCCAUCUCUGCAUAUGACAUCUGUCUGAAGUUAAAGGAGAGGGGGGUUCUUGCCAAGCCUACGCAUGAUACUAUCAUCAGAUUGACCCCUCCGCUGUCAAUGAGUGUGGCUGAGCUACAGCAAGGUUCAAAAGCACUUCAUGAUGUUCUGGAGCUGGACCUCCCGAAGAUGCCAAAGGUGAAACCAGAGAAGUCAUCCCCCACUUCUAGCGCAUGUGAUCGUUGUGGGCGGGAAAUGUAUUGACUCUUCGAUAUACAUCUCAAAUAAAUGUCUAUAUAUUAUUCUCUUUCUCUA